AUGCAUCGUUAUUCAUCUGCUAAUAGUAAAAAUCUUAUUACGGCAAAUUCAUCUUUUCUUAUGGAAAAUUCGAAUAUUCAUUCACGUGAAACAGCAUUCGACCCACUUAAUUAUGAAUUCGAUGCUGAAACAAUGGUCGAACCAUUUACUUAUUUUCAUAAUGGCCCAACUGAAUUUCGUCGAAAACUAAACGAUUUUUCGUCACCAUUAACAAAUUUUCCAUGGUUAUCAAUUCAUAAUAGUGGUGUUCUAUCAUCACCCGAUGAAAGUCCACCAAGUUAUUUUUCAUCAAUUAUGAAUGAACAAUACAACAGUAUGCUACAAUUAAAACCUCAAACAAUUCUUCCUCAACAACCGCAACAUCAGCAAUUUGUUCAUCCAAAAACAAUAUGUGGCCAUUGUAAAAGUCACAAUAUGCCUGAAUGUCUUUAUACAUCUCAUGCAAUGUAUGAUGAAACUGGUGCGAUAUUUUGUCCCGUAUUAAAAAAAUGUCAUUGCGCUACAUGUAUGCGUGUGACAAAUCCAAAUAUAAUGCGUGAUGAUGAUUCCGACGAUGAUAAUAAUAUACGUUUAACUACGAGUUCUAAUGAAUCCAGCCAUUUCUAUGGUACUCAUCCAGAACAAAAUUCUUAUCGUACGAUUAACAACAACAAUUUUUGA